UUCUGGGGACUCGAGCGGGCGCGGUGCCGGAAGGGCCGUCUGUUGGUGAGCCCCGGGCUCGGAGACGGGUGGCGGUCAGGGACGGAGGAUUCCGGUGACGAUGAAGCCGGCGGUGGACGAGAUGUUCCCGGAGGGCGCGGGGCCGUACGUGGAUCUGGAUGAGGCAGGAGGAAGUUCAGGACUUCUGAUGGAUCUAGCAGCUAAUGAAAAAGCAGUCCAUGCAGAUUUCUUUAAUGAUUUUGAAGACCUCUUUGAUGAUGAUGAUAUUCAGUGAUUUGUUCUCCACACAUCAUCUGAACCACCGUGCAUUUUCAAACUUGGGAGAAGGGAAGAGAAUGGUCAACACCUUGAAAAGUCUGCUACUAAUGUUCUAUGCCCAAAUGCUGAAGUCAGGACAACUUCUGGAGCGAGAGAAUCUACAUCUUACAAACGUGCAUAGACUUAUGUACAGUCACCAUGUUAAUUAUUUUUGACUUUGUAAAAUUAUGAAUUAAAGGGAAAUGUAAAAUCUCA